AUGCCACCCAAGAGGUACUUCGAGCAGGAUGAGCCUGUCACCGAGGCGGCUGUUGCUGCUUCCUCAUCCGAGGCGGCAACGGCGACUGCUAGCACCUCGACCGACUCGGCCACCAAGAACAAGGCGCCAAAGACCAAGGUCAAUGCCACCCUCUUCGUCUCGAGAUUGCCAUACACUGCCACCACCACCGACCUGCAGACCAUGUUCAGUGAGAUCGGUCCCCUGAAGCGAGCCUUUGUUGUCACCGACCAGGCCACCAAGAAGUCCAAAGGUGUCGGCUACGUCACUUUUGCCAUCCCAGAAGAUGCCACAACUGCGCUCGAGCAGCUGCAGGGCAAGUCGCUCGACGGCGGCAGCAGAAAGCUUCAAAUCACCUUCGCCGAUCAGAAGGAUCCCACCGGUGCCAAGCGACCACCUGUCAAGGCUGAUCCCAACUCGCCCUCGUCCACCAAGCGACCUCGUACCGAGACGUCCAAACCAGCCCGCACAAACGGUCCCGUGCAGGAGAAGGACGCCGACGCCGUUCGCACCGUCAUCCUUUCCGGUCUCGCCGGCUGCUCCCCCGCUCCCGACUCCAAACAGAUCUACAAACGAGCACGCAAGAUCGGCGACGUCGAAAACGUCAUCUACCCGUCCACCUCUUCGUCCAACCCGAACGACGUUGCGCACGUCAUCUUCCGCACCCCCAACCACGCCAUGACCGCCGUCGAGAAGCUCCACGCCCACGUCUUCAAGGGCGUGCAGAUCAGUGCCAUCCUCAAGAAACGAGCUGACAAUGCUGCAAAGAUCGCUGCCCACAUGCGCCCAGAGACGCUCGCAAAGAGGGAAAAGAUGCGUCAGGACGUCGAGAAGAACAGUGGAAGGGGUACCAUGCCCGUGCUGCUGUCCGAGAUUGACAAGUCGAGCAGAUUGAUCAUUCGCAAUCUGCCGUACGAUGUGAACGAGGCCGACCUAAGGUCGAUCUUUUUGCCCUUUGGACCGGUGUACGAGAUCACCAUUCCCAAGGUCAAGGCCAAGGACGCUGGUGCGAAGGAUGCGGUGACCACAAAGGAGGAGGACGCUUCAGAAGACGCAAUCGACAUCGACGAGAGCGCCAGCGAUGCCUCCGACGAUGACGAGGACGGUUCGGAAGCUGACGAUGAUGCAGAGGUGGAGGACGACGAAGACGUCGAGAGCGACGCCGACAGCGAAAGUGACGCAGAGGCAAUCGAACAGAGCUCGGAGGCCUCCGAAGACGCAGCCUCCGACGAUGCAGCUUCUUCUUACGAUGGGGAAGCCGACGCCACGCCCACCACCGAAGACAUCGUCGUCAAGACGGAAGAAGACGAUUCCGUCCCCGCCCUCACCUCCACCCCUCUCCCCGCUGCCACGCCAACCACCUCCAAGCCAGCCAUCGAAAAAGGCCGCGGCUUCGCCUUCGUCUGGAUGGUUUCGCGCAACGACGCCGCCCGCGCCAUCGAAGCGGUGAACGGCAAGCCCAUCCAGCACGGUGCCGCCGAGCGUGCGGCCUACAAAUCCGCUCUCGGCUCUCGUGGUCGUCGAGCAGCCAAGUCCGCUCUGGAUCGCGUCCGCGCUGCCGCACAACCCGAACGCACCGUCGCCGUCGACUGGGCGCUCAGCAAGAAGGAUUGGGAAGCCAAAGCGGACGAGUCGGAGCCCGAAGACUCCCCCGAUGCUGCGGGCUCCGACGACGAAGAUGAGCCUGCGGAACGACCGCAACUCCCCGCACCCGAGGAAGGAACCACACUCUUCAUCCGCAACCUCCCCUACCAGGCGACCGAGGAAGAACUGCGCAACCUCUUUCGCACCUUCGGCCCCUUGCGCUAUGCCAAGAUCACGAUGGAUCGCACGACCAAUCGCUCCAAAGGAACAGGGUUCGUGUGUUUCUGGCAGGCCACUUCGGCGGAAGCGGCGCUGGCGCAGGCGGCGAUCAUCGAGCGCGAAUCGGGUACGGGUACAACGGUGGCGAACCAGAAGAACCCUUUUGCUAUGCCAUCCGUCCUCACCGCUGAUCCGGCGGCGCCGAUGACGGCGAGUCUCAAUUUGCAUGGGCGCGUGCUCAACGUCAUCCCGGCCGUCGAUCGGUCGGAAGCUACGCGACUCGAGACGUCCGGUCGAAAAGAACGCGAGAAGGGCGAUAAACGCAACACGUGGCUCCUUCGCGAAGGCGUUCCGUUCCCCAACAGCGAUUUUGCAGCCAAAUUCGCACCGAGCGAGACGGAGAAGCGUCUGCAGUCGUUCCAAGUGCGAAAAGCGCAGUUGGGCGCCAACCCGAGUCUGUUUGUUAGCAAGACGAGGUUGAGUGUGCGCUCGCUACCGCUGUUUGUCAGCGAUCGCAUGUUGAAGCGGCUUGCGGUGCAUGCGGUGAAGGCGUUUGGUGCGGAGGUUAGGGCGAAGGAGAGGGAGGAUUUGGAUGCCGAUGAGAAGGCGGAUCGAACGUUGAGUGCUGCCGGGGAGAACCGAAAGAGAAAGCCUGGAGAGAGACCGACUGCCGUGGUUCAGAGCAAGGUCGUCAGGCAGCACGAUCGUGUGGAGGCCCUGACGGGGCUGGGUAAGAGUAAAGGAUAUGGGUUCCUGGAGAUGAAGAGCUACCAUGAUGCGUUGAAGGUGAUCCGUUGGGCAAACGCCAACAAGGGCGUCAGCAAGUUGUUCGGUACUUGGUGGGUCGACGAGCUCUCUCAGCAGGUGGAUCGCAUCGCCACGCAGAUCCAUGCCAAGAACAAGCUGCUCGAGGAGAAGAAGGGCGACGAGGCCGAGAUGCUGAGGAAGGAAGUCGAGGAGCUGACGACGCGAAGGCAGAGGUUGAGGGCCAAGCUCGCCGAGCUGGGCGAAGACGGCGCAGGCGGGGAGAAGGAGCGUGGCGGAAUGCUCAUGAUCGAGUUCGCCAUCGAGAACGUCGUCACCACCAAGAAGAGGGCGGACAAGCUUAAGGCGGUCAAGGAGUCGACCGAGCGCAGGAAGUUGCGCGAGGUCGAGGACGAAAAGGUCAGGGAGAGGGAGAUCGAGCUGGAGAGGAGGGAGAAGCAGGCGGCCGUGAAGAUCGAGGCGGACAAGAACAAGCCCCGCGGUUUCGCGCAUGGACACGUGAUUGGCAAGAAGAGGAAGGAGAGGAAGGCUAGGCGGGGUUGA